GCCCCGUCCCGCCCCGUCCCGCCCCGGGGCGGUGAGUCGCGCUGAGUCGCGGCGGGCGGGCGCUGCCGGAGCGGCGGCGCUCGGGCCGGGCAGCUCCGAGCCAUGGCCCCGCCGCUCGUGCUGCUGCUGCUGCUGCUGCUGCUGCUGCUGGGCCACGGUACCACUGCGGCGCUGGAGGAGAAGCUCUCCCAUGUCGAGAAGUAUGAGAUGGUGACUCCGCGUGAGCUGCCUGCACCACGGGGCAAGAGGGACCUCUCUGCCGCGCCGAGCAUCUAUCCGGACCGUGUCCUCUACAGCGUUCGUGCUGAAGGCAGGGACUACCUCUUGAGGCUGGAGAAGAACAAGGAGCUGCUGGGGCAGCACUACACCCAGACGCACUACUCUGCCGACGGCACGGAGGUCACAGAGAAGCCGGAUGUUCAGGAUCACUGCUUUUAUCAGGGCCAUGUGCGAGGACAUGCCGACUCAGCAGCGAGCAUCAGCACCUGCAGCGGGCUCAGUGGGUUUUUCCGGGUGAAUGAGACCACCUUCCUGCUGGAGCCCCUGGAAGGCCAUGUGGCUGGCCAGCACGCCGUGUACCGAGCAGCUCACCUGCGGGGGAAGCGCGGCACGUGCCGAGAGGCCGGUGCCGCUCUCGAAUAUGACCACGAACCGAAAAUUCCUGCAGCCAUGAAGCUCUACCGCUGGAAAUCAGCUCCAUUACGCAAAGGUCCCCGGUACGUGGAGCUGGUGCUGGUCGUGGACAACGAGGAGUUCAGGAAACACAAGGACUUGCGCACAGUGCAGAAUCGCAUGAAGGAAAUCGUCAACCACGUUGACAAGCUUUAUCAGCCUCUUCACCUGCGCGUGGCCUUGAUUGGCUUGGAGGUGUGGAGCCACAAGGACAAGAUCAUGGUCAGUCCCAACCCGGAGGUGACACUGGACAACUUCCUCCACUGGCGGGAGACCGAGCUGCUGCGGAGGAAGCCGCACGACAAUGCCCAGCUGAUCACGGGCAUAGACUUCCACGGCACGACUGUAGGGCUCGCCAAGAAGCUUGUGAUGUGCACCAGGGACUCGGGUGGUGUCAACCAGGACCACAGUGCAAAUCCUAUUGGCGCUGCAUCCACCAUGGCUCACGAGAUGGGACACAACCUGGGGAUGUCUCACGAUGAAGACGUUACUGGCUGCCGCUGUCCUGUCCCCAAAGCUGAUGGAGGAUGCGUCAUGGCGGCAAGUGUUGGCCUGGUUUACCCCAAGCUCUUCAGUCGCUGCAGUGAGCAGGACAUGUGGCAGUUCCUCGGGGACCCCAGGACCAGCUGCCUGCUGAACGUCCCCAGGGCGGAUGAGCUGUACGGGGGGCCGGUGUGCGGGAACCAGUUUGUGGAGCGGGGAGAGCAGUGCGACUGCGGCACGCUGGAGGAGUGCUCUGACCGCUGCUGCAACGCCACCACUUGCCAGCUGAGAGAGGGAGCCGAGUGCGCCCGGGGGGACUGCUGCCAGGACUGCAAGGUGAAGGCUGCCGGUGCGCUCUGCCGGGCCAGCAAGAACGACUGCGACCUGCCCGAGCACUGCACCGGCCUGAGCGCCGAGUGCCCGGAGGACGUCUUCCAGGAGAACGGCAUCCCCUGCCAGAAUGGCAAUGGCUACUGCUACAACGGGGCCUGCCCCUCGCACGGCGAGCAGUGCCGCGCGCUCUGGGGCACAGAGGCCCAGGUGGCUCCUGACAUCUGCUUUAAGCACAACAGUGAGCAACACCUUCACCUCCACUGCCUGACCGAGUAUGGGAAGCGGCCCUGCAGCCCCAAGGAUGUGAAGUGUGGCACGCUGCUGUGCCUGAGCGACAACGCCAGCCCCGUCCUUGGUGGCGGCUCCUACUCCCUCUUCUUUGGGCGCUUCAAGUGCAGGGCGGUCAUCGCCAGCAACGACGCUAAUGAGGUGGUGGCCAAGCUCAGGCUCGUGCCCACCGGUGCCAAGUGCGGAGAGGAGAUGGUCUGCUAUGCCGGGCGCUGCCAGAACCUCCUGGUCUACGGCAAUAAGAACUGCUCAGCCAAGUGCAACAACCAUGGGGUGUGCAACCACAAGCGCGAGUGUCACUGUGAGCCGGGCUGGGCAGCGCCAUACUGCCAGCAGAGGAUUUCAGGGAUGGCAGCAGGGAGCAGCAGCGUGGUCUGGGCAGCUGUGCUGGCCGUGCUGGGGCUCUCUGGCAUCCUGCUCGGCAGUGCUGUGGUGCUCCUCAAGAGGAGGAGGACGAGGCACUUCCAGAAAGGGACCUCCAGCAGGCCCACCACCGGCCUUGCCAACCCACUCUUCCAGGAGGGAGCCCGGACGCGUCCCCCCCGUCGCCAGUUGUCCCGCCAUGACAUCGGCCACCCCAGCCUGCUGAGCAGCACAGCAGCUCCGCGGGAUGCACGGCCCCUUGUGUCCGGCCGCCCGGCCCCGCAGGUGCCAGCACCAGCCCCCCAGGUUCCAUCUGCAGCCCCUCCAGGACAGCCCCGGCAGAAGCCGAAGCCGCCCAGCAAACCCCUCCCGGCACUGAAGAGCAAGGUGACGUGCCCCAGCGAGGAGCUGCCAGGACGGGCCAUCCCUCACCCCCUGCCAGCAUCCCCCUUGGUCCUCCCGCCGAAGGUGGCCCUGAAGCCGCCCACAGCCAGGAGGUGACCAAGGAUGCUCCAUCCACCACCACAGCUGAGGAGCUGCUUGGGUGGCACAGCCGGGGAGCUGCCACCUCGCUUCCACCUUUACUUGAAUCUCUCACCGGGCCCUCCCCGGGGUGGGCGGCCAUGUUUACAGAUAGUUGAGUUGUGCCUUAACAGACUUUGCAGCCGCGGGGCUGGCCCAGGGAGAGCUGCCAGCGGGGCGGCGGGAGGGGACCAGGCACCGGGGUGAUGGCAGCUCUGGUCCCUGUGCCCUGGGAGCUGCUGCCUUCCCUCUCGACGUCCUGAAUGUGUCCUGCUCCUGCUGUCCCUUCCCCACCAGGGCCACAGCUGCGCCAUGGGGACCUGCCCCGUGCCCACCGCCGCAGCUGGGGACACUCAGACAGGGCACCUCAGUCUUUGGCAGGUCCAAGCUGAGCUUGGCUUCCCCAUGGGGCCUUUAUCCUGAAGUUACGACUUGAAUUACUGCUCUCCUAAAAGGGAAUUUCCUCGGAGCCUUUUUUUAUUGCACCUCUUAACUUAUGACCCUUUUGUGGCCAUUUUGAGCCACCCGUUGUGAAACCAGGCUUCCUCGUUUUUUGAUAUGAUUUAGGCUGAAGGCUUUUAUACCAAUAAAGACUGAAGGCAG